AUGGGUCCCCCGCUGCCGACUGCCGACCUUCACGCCAGGGCCAAGGGACCGAUGGACGCGCCCGUGACGCUCUCCGCGUGGCUCGACUACGCGUGCCCGUUCAGCGCCAAGCUCUUCAAGACGGUCACGACGCAGGUCCUCCCUCACUACGGCGACAAGGUCCGGUUCGUGUUCUACCAUCAGCCUCAGCCUUGGCAUCCGCAGUCCUCCAUGCUGCACGAGGCUGCGAUCGGCGUGUACGAUCUCGGGGGGGUGGACGCCUUCUGGAAGUUCUCCGCGGCGCUCUUCGACGCCGCCACCGAUUUUUACGACGCGAACACCUACGAUAAGAGCAGGUCGAAGAUCUACGAGGAGCUCGCCGCGCUCGCGGCGAGGAGCGCGGGGGUUUCCGAGGCGGACCUGUCGGCGAAGCUCGCGCGGAUCGAGAAGGCCGGCGAGCUGAACACGGGCAACGCGUGCACGCAGGACCUGAAAUUCUUCGUCAAGCUGGGACGACAGACGGGAAUCCACGUGUCGCCGACGACGCAGCUGAACGGUAUGGUGUGCGACACGUCCUCGGGGUGGAGCCUGGACCAGUGGAAGGAGUUCCUGGACCCCCACGUCGGCGCGUGA